AUGAAGGCCCCCAUCGUCGCUGUAGCUGUACUCGGCACUUGCUGCCACGCAAGCCAUGCCAAAUCUGGCAGCUCAAUUGACCCAGUGCAGCCCGUCCUCCUUCCGGACACAGCGGCCGCAAAGAACCCUCUAUCACAUCUUGGCGGUAAUGGACCGUGGCAUAUAGGUGCCGAUAUUACCGGUAUUUCCUCUGAUGUGCCAGAAGGCUGUCAGGUCGACCAAGCUGCCUACGUAUCACGUCAUGGAUCCAGAUAUCCUGAUACAGGUGCUCACAAUGGGUGGCUUGAGAUGCAGCGCAAGUUCCAAAGCUCCGACUAUACUGCGACUGGACCUCUGGAGUUCCUCCACAAUUGGAAAAGCCCUUUGACCAAUCCUGAAAUCCAGAUCGCCCAGCUCAGCAAGACUGGAUACAAGGAGCUUUUUGACAUGGGAUAUACCAUUCGUACUAGAUAUCCCGAUUUAUACCGCGAAGGUGAAGAAUUUGUCGUCUGGGCCAACAAUUAUACUCGAGUUAUUCAAACCGCUCAACUCUUCCUUCACGGUUUCUUGGGAACAAACUCCUCGCUAGGCACGGUCGUGUCCGUUACUGGUAGAGAUGUGCCUGCUCAUCUUGGCGAUACUCUUGCUCCCUCGGACAUGUGCCCGACAUUCGUGGACGACAGCAGCAAGCAGACCGAUGCUUGGCGAUCCAAGUGGCUGCCCGCCUUCAAGAAGCGAUUAUCCCAGUAUAUUGAAGGCGAUCUAGAUCUAGAAGAUGGGCAAUGGAAUGACUUCCCGUACAUUUGCGGGUUCGAGUCUCAAAUUACAGGUCGUCUUUCACCCUUUUGCAGUACCUUCAACCAGAAGGAGCUGGAGCAAUACGAAUAUCAGCAAGACCUAAGAUACUACUACGGUGUUGGACCAGCAACUAAGGUUGCCUCUAAGAUGAUGGUACCCUUCCUCGAUGCGUUGGUGCAGCGUUUCGUUGCUGGACCCGAUGCUACCGGUACCAACUUUGAGGGUAAGGAAUUUAAACUUCCCAAGAUCCUUAUGAGCUUUUUGAACGACGGCCAAUUGAACGAGCUCGCUGUUGCCACUGGUGUAUACGACAACCAAAAGAAAUUACCGGUCGACCGUAUUGCUGAGGAUCGUCUCUGGCGCAACUCGGACAUCUCUCCCAUGCGAGGUACCAUUGCCUUUGAGCGUCUCACCUGCAUCGCCAAGAAAGGACGUCCCGGUCAGAAGUACAUGCGAAUUCUUAUCAAUGACAGGGUCUACCCAGUGCCAUCAUGCAAAGAUGGACCAGGAAGAUCGUGCUCUCUGGCCAAGUAUGCUAAGAUCACCAAGGACCGGCUUAAGAAGAAUGGUAACUUUGCGAAUCUUUGUAACGCGACGGAUCCUGCUACGCCUUCCAAGGUUCUUGGAGCAAGCUUCUUUACGAACUUGGCUCAACCUCACUUGAAGCCUGUUAAGCCAUAG